AUGAGUGAGUUUGAGAAAUAUGCUUCAAUGGCGGUGAGUCCAAUGUCGAGUUACCUCAACACCUCUGCCUUGAACGUAUUUAUAAUGGUGGUUUUUGAGUUGGAGAUUUCAAUUGAUGAAUCAAAGAUCAUGCAAGUGCUUGGAGACGUGUUUGUUCCCCUCAACAAACGUUUCUCUUCUAUCAUGAUUGAAGACAAAAAAGGAAAGAAGCAAUGGAAACAAGUUGAUGUGAAUCUAAAAGAACAUAUCAAGAUUCCAAUAUUUGCAAAGAAGGGUAUGAAAUUCUAUGAUGAAGAAUUUGAUGAAUACAUGUCAAAAAUAGGAGGUGAAAAGUUAGCAGAAGAUAAACCACUUUGGGAAGUGCAUUUAAUUAAGUAUCCAACAAGAAAAAACAAUGCUGCGGGUACAUCGGUAGUUAAGUUACACCAUUCCUUAGGAGAUGGCUACACCCUAAUGGGUUCAUUGCUUUCAUGUGUGAAAAGAGUUGAUGAUCCUUCAAUUCCCAUAACCUUUCCUUCAAGCCAUGCAACAACAUCAUCAUCUAUUAAGAGAUUACCUCAAUCCAUAUUUUCAAUGUUCAAAAGUGCAUCUGAUUUUGGAUGGAACAUAUUAAGAGGUUCAAAUUUCAUUGUUGAUGAUGAAUCACCAAUAAGGACAGAGAAUAAGGAAUUCAAACAUGGUUUUGCUAUCUCAAAUGUCACUCUCUCUUUGGAUAGCUUUAAAGUGGUCAAAAAUAAGCUCAAAGUGUAUCUUUAA